GUGCAGCGGGAUUACAGCGAUGGGACCACGUGCCAGUUCCAGACAAAGUUCCCCCCUGAGCUGGAAAGCCGGAUUGAGCGGCAGCUCUUCGAGGAAACCGUGAAAACCCUUAAUGGCUUCUAUGCUGAGGCAGAGAAGAUUGGGGGCAGCUCAUACCUGGAGGGGUGCCUGGCGUGCGCCACUGCCUAUUUCAUCUUCCUCUGCAUGGAGACGCACUACGAGAAGGUCCUCAAGAAGAUCUCCAAGUACAUCCAAGAGCAGAACGAGAAGAUCUAUGCACCACGGGGGCUGCUGCUCACCGACCCCCUGGAGCGUGGCAUGAGAGUU